CAUGACCAAGAAGUAGUGCAAGGGCACAUGAAGCCAGCAGAGAUUCCAUUCCAUUGAGAACUUGAGAUAGUGCUGCUCAACAGCCUUCUAUAGUGCAUGCAUACAAUGGGGAAAUCACCAGCACUACCACUCUACUAUCUUCUUAUCACCUUGUUGGCAUUCUACUUCUUGAUUGUUCCUUCCAAUGCUAUACCUCUCUCAAGAGUGCAAAGGCUGCACUUGCAAGAGUCCAGUGAGAUGCCAUUAGUCAGAGGCAGCACAGCAAAGCCAAAGAUGGAAAUGGAGAGACCAGUUGUUGCCCUAGAGGAGGACGCCAUGAUCAAUGCGAGGAUGGCUUUGGAGACACAGGACUAUGCACCCUCAGGCCCAAACAACCACCACAAGCCACCGGGUUGGAGCUGAGCAGCUAGCUAGCUAGCUAGGAUUCAUAUAUAUCACCUAUAUCAAAGUGUGUGCUUAUAUCUUACUCAUGCAGUCUCAUGUGCAUGUGCCCUUCCCUUCAUGACGAUUUUGCAAAACCUCUUGAUUGGUAGUCUGAGUCUUGUGACAUAGCUUAUGUAUGAGAUGUGGCUGUGAGUCAGCACAGGUGGCAACGAUCACGUGUAACAAAAGGUGAAUUAUAUUGCCAAGGCCUCGUAUUUAUUUGAGUUAGUUUGGGUAUGUGAACUCUAGCUUAACUAGUCAUAUAUAUACUUCUUCCAAAGAGACUGAAUA